AUGUCGAGCGCGCCGCGUCAAAUGUCAGUGUCCUGCUUCCAGGCACUCCUUGCCGUACUGAUAGUCCUCCCAGGUGACGAGACCCGUCCAGUAUGCAAAGCAUGCGGCAAGAAAAACCGUCCCUGUCAGUGGGAGGAGCCUCAUACUAAGUUCAAGGACUACCGGCCUGACGGGCCCUCUUCCAGUCGAUCUGCUGCCGGCGGUACUGAUGAGGAAACCGAGACCAAAGAGGACCUGAUGGAUGUUGACGGUGUCGAUGGGGUCGAUAACAUCAGUCGAACAGAAGGAGCCGUUCGUGCAAACAGUUUCAGCGAGGAAGGCUUGAGCCGGAACACUUCACCGAGAAGGCGGAAAAACAGUCGGACCGAUGGGACAUCGGAAGGCCCAUCGACCAGCGUCUCCUCACCGUCGGCUCAGCUAUCGCCAGGCUCGCCUUACUUUGUUCCCCGAUCUAAGAGCACAACGGGUGGCGUGUCGGUGGCGAGUUUGCUGCAGUCGCACGACCCGGACGGCAUGCCAGAGGGCUCGCUGCCGAUGCACACCCGCCAGGCCAUGCAGCAGCCGAAUGCGCAUUCGCAUAACCGUAGAGACAUGCCAGAUGGAACUAGAAACUACUCACCCCGGCCUGUUCCUUUGACGCAUGAAGAGGCCUUGCUCGUGCACCACUACACCGAACAUCUUGGCCGCUGGCUUGACUGCACCGACGCCACUCGUCAAUUUACGCUGGGCGUACCGGAGAAGGUCAAACAAUGCCCGGUACUUUGCCAUGCCGUCAUGUCAUUUGCUGCUCGCCACUGCAGAAAAGACGCGACAGCCGAGGCGGCCUAUCAGCGUUGCAUCGCCCUGCUCAUCGAACGAUUGAAUGAGCAAGCUGCUAGCCACGACGAAACGCUUUUGUGUGCGAUCGUCAUACUGCGGUUCUACGAGCAGCUAAAUGGUGCGUACUAUAGUAUGCAUUGCGUCUCUCAUGCCUAA